AUGCCAUCUACGGUGUCCACUUCGCAAACGAAACUCUCCUAUCCUCUCUACGCCGCCGACUUUGAUCCCUUCAAUCCUGAUUUUCUGCUGGUUGGAGGUGGAGGAGGCUCCUCAUCAACCGGUGUGCCCAACAAAAUAUCCUUGAUUGACACCUCGCGUCGAGAUCAGUUGGUGCAAGUGGUGGACGUUGAGCUGGUCAAGGGGGAAGAUUCCGUAACAAGUCUUGCCGUGGCCGACUCCUCAUCUUCGUCCUUGACUGCCUUUGCAGGCAUCAACAGCUCCGUUGCCGACCAGAAUGUUGGAAAGAACGAACAUCUGAGAGCAUUUCGCAUUGGCCUGCCAGCAAAGAAAAGGAGAGCAGACGGCAGGACAGUGGAUGCAGAGAAAGAGAAAAACACGGCUUUGACGCCAGGUACACAACCCCUUGGACGAACGGCGCUGUUCAAAUCGGCAAAGGGGUCCAAGAAUGAAACAUAUCAGAGAGUGUUACGGUUUUCGCCAACCAAGGCUGCCGGCCUGCCUCGACUAGCAGCUAUUGCCUCAGGGCUUGCACCCGAAAAUGAAAUCAUUGUCUUCCAACCUACUCCGACACCGGGAGCCGACGACGAAGUAUCGCGCAUAAGCCUUGGAAGCCGUGAAGCCGCAGACCUCGACCUUACCGUGAAUGACGAGGAGAAAGAUGGUCAUGUUCUCGCCUAUUGCACCGAUGAUGAAGUAUUCAUGCAACAACUGCCCGCAUCCUCGAUACCUGAAAAACCAAUAUCCAUCUUCCGUGCCUUCGAGUCGACUACACCAUUACCUCCUUCGAAACGGCCAAAGUUUCGAGCCAUACGAUUUCUCACCCCCCGGUAUCUUUUACUACUUCAGAACCGGCCAGGCAGAACCGGUGCUGAUCUUCUAGUCCUUCGAGUGAGCAAGGACCUGUCGCAAGCUCGCAUCUCUCUUCGCAAGCGUCUCCACAGAUCGACCAAAGCCGCGGUUGGAUUAGAAGUUUGUCCCCUGACCGAGUCCCAACAAGGUGAAGCACAAUUCAUUAUUGCCGUAGCGGGACAGAGCGGAGACGACAGCUCAAUAGAACUUCUAACAAUCGACUAUGCGCGUGAUUCCGGACUGGGAACAUUUCGACCCUAUUCUUUCCUCGGGAGUGUCCACAAAGGCCCUCUGACACGACUUGUUUUCUCCAACUUCACCGGACCAACUCUCCCGGUGACCAAGGAUGCAGGCCCACCAUCUGUCCGUCUUGCCUCCGUGGGCGUCGGCCAAUUCGUCGUUGUACACCACCUCCCACUCCGGCCGCUCCCAACCACCUCCACCAAAACUCCACGAUACGUCCUCAUCCCACCCGGCAGGUCCGAAGCCAUGCAGACGACAUUCAGCGUGCUCGUUGCUCUCGUGGUCGUCGGCCUCGUCGCGUUCCUGAUGCAGGCAUUCUGCGAGAUCCGCGGCGCCGUGCCCCCCAUGCUGGGCGCUGCAGAGUGGCUUUCGCCGGGCAUGCGUGAAAUCAUCGCACGACCUUAUAUCUGGGCUGACAAGAUCCCCCAUGCCGUCACCUCAGACGUUCCCGUCGCUGCACAGAGCGCGACGGAGCCACUGAAAUCAGCAGCCUCCCACAUCCCCAGCGUCGAGGAUGUCCAGAACACCCUCGAAGAUGUCUCCUCGGGAGGGAGACCAAAGCUCAAGGACUUAGUAGAGGAGAACUCGGAGCUCGAAACUCCCAAGGCGAUUGUCGUCCGCGAGGAAUCUGUGGGCGAGAUAUCCACGGAAGUGCUGCAUCAUGAUGCAGAUUUGGUGAAGGAGGCAACGCUUCAGAGGUGGGAAGAACUCAGCGAGGCGCAGAAGAAAGGGUGGAAGCGAAGACUUGUCGACGCCGGGUACUGGGCCGAGCAACAAGGCGAGAAUGUUCUGAAAGGCAUUUUGUUCUCUGAAUUGGCGGAUGUGGUGGGGAAUGUGGUCGCUGGUUGA